CAACAAAGGGGGAACCCACACAUGCCGUUACAGUUUAUAAAAAUUUUAUUAUAUCGUCAACAGAAGAAGACAGACAGUUUGAUAUAGUCUACGAACUAGAUGAACAAAGGUUUAGUGUGAACUUACACAAAGCGUAUGACGGCUUUGUUGAAGAUGUACAUGUUUAUGAAUCAGCAUUGCAACCAUUUGAUCUUGAGUCGUGCGAAAUAAACAAUGGGGAUUGUGAACAUGUAUGUCUUCCAGGGAGUGAAGGAAAAUGUGCUUGUUUUCUUGGAUAUUUUCUUAACGGUGACAACAAGUCAUGUCGGUCAGCUGUUUUGAAUGAGAAUUAUUUUGUUGUACUGGACGAAGUUCAUGAAGGGCUGUACCAGGUUGACAAAGAAACAAAAGCUAUACAUACUAUUGAAAUUAGACCAGAUAAUGCUCCUGUAGGAAUGGCGUUUGAUCCCAAAAGGAAUGGCGUUAUAUGGGUUGAUAAAAAUACUAACGCAGUAAAAAAGAUUACGUUAGGUACAUCUGACGAGACAGCAGUGAUGUCUGGUGUUGAUAAUAAUGCUGCUAUAGCAGUAGAUGUAUCUACUGGAAACAUAUAUAUCUCAUCUGGACAGAAGAUAUCCGUAGUCAGCCCUUCUCUUAAUUCACUGACGAUAGUUGAUUCAACAAAUAUAAUUUCCAACAUUGGAAAAAUUGCUGUAAUGCCUCAAUCUGGGUCAAUUGCUUGGUACGAAGGCAAUACACGCAUUGUCAUUGCAAAUAUGGACGGGUCAAACGUUCGUCCAAUUACAGUACAGUCCAUGGAGAAACCUGAGGAUAUAGCUUUUGACUUAGAUGAUGACAGAGGGUUAUAUUGGUGUGACAGUGUUUUGGACAAAAUCGAGAAAAUUGACACACAAUCUUUAGCAACUACAAUUGUUUACAUUGGGCGUGGCUUAAGGCCGGUUGCCAUAGAAAUAUUUUCUGAUGUUAUAUAUUUAGUCCCAAUGCAACAGAGGAAGAUCGUACAAAUUAACAAAAUCAAUGGCUUGCAGCAGAGUGAUGUAUUUGAGUCACCUUUGUUCGGAUCCCUUGACAACUUCUUCAUAUCUAGAAAGUCUGUGACAGUGACGUUUCCAGUGGAAAUUGUAGAGGAGGAUGGCAAGCAAUCUUAUGUGAUCUACAUAGCCAUCGGCGUUGGGGGUGUUGUGUUUCUUGUUAUUGUUGGGGUUGCCUCUGUGUUUUUGUGUCGCCGUAGGAAUAAAAGAAAGCAAAACGGAACAGGUCAUAAUAAUGUUCAAGGCAAUCCUUAUACAUACGAGACGUAUGGUCGUAACAGUGGAUAUGCAACAGCCGAUGAUAUACUUAGUCCGGACCCUCCAACGUAUGUUUAGGGAUAACUGUUUAAUAAAAUAGAAUAAGUAAAAGACUCCAGAAUGAUAAACAAUUUUUAAGUUUUGUUACAUACAUAUUAGUAACAUGACAUAUUUUUGUCUUUGUUUUAUUGUCCAGUACUGCCUUCGAAAACACCUUUGAUUUGACUUUUUUCACGAGUUGAUUCAUCUUUUUCUCGUUUUGUGUAUUUUGUUCUAGUCAAAUUCAAUGGAUCAGUUGAGAAAAAGUUAUUCAUUAGUUUAUUGUUGACAACCAGCGGGACAGUAUGUUUGAUAUCUUGAAAAAAGGAAUUUUUGUCUGCUUCUGCACUGCAAAGGAAACUAUUUACUUUCCGCAUGUCUUUGCUCUGACAGAUCAAUGCGACGGUUUUCUUUUAGAUACCAAAGUAGGUCUAACUUGCAGUGCAGUUAUUUUACUUUUAUAUUUUCCUUACUAUUCCCAAAAGUUAGAGAUAACCAAUUCUAAUUAAGUGUACUUGAUUCCACAUAGUUAUAUUUAUAUUGAAACAUUUCUAUUGAAUGUAUAAAUUUAGUUCAGAAGAAAGAAUAUCUCAGCCGGAAGUAUAUCAUAAUUUGAAUGAGGCUGGUAUGAUAGGUGCUGAUAAUGUUAACGUUGUCGAAUAUGAUAACAACAUGCAAGGAGAGAGAAGAGGUAGUUCAGUUAGUGGUAGAUAUAGCAAAUGGCCAUCAGGAAAUGAUGGUUAUUUAACGGCAAUUUACACAAAAAAGAGUGAGUCAUGAGCCGCAGCCGGACUACCCCGACUCCGACCAUUAUAAAGGUUAUCUAGUUCUACAGCCGAGUUCGAUUGACAGUGGCUCGCGUUUUAGGUCUAUAAAUAGUUCAUUCGCUAACGACAGUGAUCAGCAAGAUAGUGGUACAUAUCAUUACAGGAACAGCAGUAAUAGCCCAGACCGGCGGGUUUUUUUUUCAACAGAGUCCCGUUAUCGGCGAAAUACAGUUUAAACGUUAAAUGACUACUUGGCAUUGAAAAUCAUAUAAUUGAACUUUUAUUGCUAACAAUAAUUAGUAAGAAUCCUGAUAAAAUCAAUAUGUAUUCACAAAUUGGUUGAAUUUUGCUGUGCAUAUGAAGAAGUUAGUUUGAAAUUAGAUAUUUUCACCCAGGUUUGAAAGAAAUAUUCGACAAGGAGUACAGCAUAUUCCAAACAAGGAUUGACAUUUAAUACAAAUGAUUUAAAAGGGGUCAUAUGUCAAUGUGUUUUAAUUUUCGUUGAUUUUUUUUAAGCUGAUAUCAACGGGCGAAUCCCAAGAGGUCAUGACUCCCUGCAACACAUCCCCUCUGUAUCUGAGCAUAAUAUACAUAUAUAUUAACAAAAAAGAAAAAAAUGUAUACAAUAUAUUAAAUUAUCUUUCGUGUUAUAUUUCUAUUCCAAUCAUAAGAAA